GGUGGGUGGGGAAGAGGAUUCAGGAUGCUGUUCGCUCUGGUGGGUGUGAAUGGACUAAUCCAGUGUAAACAUCUCUUUGGAUUGGUGUAAUGUGAGAGACCCCAGUGUCUGUCUCCACAGCGGCUGUGCUUCCCGCUUCACUCAGGAAAAGGGAGAUUUCUCCAGCAGCGGGGAUCCCCACCUCUCCCUUACAGUUCUGUUUCCCCCCUUGACCGCCUCUUGUUUUUACUUUGCACGGAAGUUUAUUUUUAAAAAAGGGGACGGCUGUUCCCCCCUCCCACCACCAUCUCUCUCUCUCGACGCCCCCCCCCCCCACCCCCCGAGGAUGAAAUUGUAACAUUUUCUUUCCACACACUUGGCGCUUCUUGAGAGAGUGAGUGGGAAAUGGCGCUAAAUGCCGAGGUCGCCUUCGAGAAUUUGGGCGGAUCUGGACACACGGCCUCGACCAAGGAGCACCAGGAGACCGAGAAACUUCUCAACAUCUCCGAAGCCAACCUGGAGAAUGGCAUCAAAGACUCCAGCGCGUUCCCCGCCAGCCCUCCGAGCGGCAAGAAGGCGGAGGGCGAUAAGAAUGGCCACGGCGUGCCCAGCUUCUCCUCCGAGUCCAUGUCCAAAAUCGGAGUGCCUCCGACAUCCCCAUCCCGGCUCAGCCUGGGCAGAGCGUCGUCCACGGUCACCAUUAGCGGCCAGGACCAGACCCCACCCAGAGACUACCUGGUGUUGGCCAUUGUCUCCUGUUUCUGCCCCAUCUGGCCCAUCAACAUCGUGGCGCUGGUCUAUUCUAUCAUGUCCAGAAACAGUUUACAACAAGGUGACGUGGAUGGAGCCAGGAGACUGGGACGUCUCGCCAGAUUACUGAGUAUUGUAGCAAUAGUCAUGGGGGCCCUCAUCAUAAUCACCUACUGUGUGGUCAACUUUGCAGUUACUGCAUAGAAAACCUGCCACACCUCAAGAGAGUUUUGGAUUAGUUCCUUUGGGACAUAAAGAGAAAGCUGUCUCUUUAUGGAAAACGGCAGUUUAUGAAAUCCAGAACAAGAGGAUCUUCAUCAAAGGCUACCCAGCCUUUCCAAUUCAGCUUAAUGUGCAUCACUUACAACUCUGCAUAAUGAAUGCUGGAAACAACAUUCCUUUUAAUUGACAUCUGGCAACAGAUCUGAAAGCUAUUCAAAGCCAACUCCAGUGAGAUACCUGAAAAUAGACAGCUCUGCAGAAUCCUUCUUGUUAGGAAUGGCACAAGUGCAUGCCCAUGAAAGUGGAGAAACUUGUUGCCAUUUCAGAUAACAUGGUUACAAGCCCCUUUCUGUGUUAUUGCACAAAAACCGUCAAGUGCACACUGUGAUUUUUGCCCUCUUUUGUACAAAAAGAAAAGGACAGUGUUGUCUACAGAGCUAAAACCUGCCAAUGGAGAAGGAGGAAGUGUUCAGUGAAAGAAACACGGAAAAGAAGCUAAGUGUUGAAAAGAUUGGAGCGGCGAAUGGAACCAAUGUUUACAUCAUUGGUUACUGGGUGUCAUGAUGUUAGUUUUGGUAAAUAGCACGAUUUUGUACUUUUUAUGAAAAAAUACCACUUGCAUGCUGAAUAUGAAUGUGCUGUGAUUGAAUUAUGUGCUUGGAUUAUCUGUGGGUGCAGAUGUGAUGGUCGUGUAGUUUGCUGUUGCAUUAUGCUCGUUUUGUGGUUGUAUUUGCCAAAACAAUGAGUGUUACUCAAACACGAUAGCUCUUUCUGAUUGGUUUUGUCAUUUUCACAGAACGAUUGAUUGUACAGGUACUCGAGAAGUAAUCUCCAAGCCACUGAACCCUUUCCUUGGCAAUUUAUUAUGAUAGUAAUUAAACUCACACAGCAUUCAAGGAACGUGUCAAUUAAAAGUAGUUAUUUGUCAUUUCUAAAAUUGUGAUUUUUUUUUGGAAGCUGUACUGUGGCUACAGUCUUUCUUCUUGAUUUCUUUUGAGUAGGGAAUGGUAAAAAUAUGAGUUCUGAAUGUGUAAUAUUUGUAACAUGAACAGGGAAUUAAUUUUUGGUGUGAUUAGAGUUAAAUUCUUUCUCAGUGGCUGAAGACUUUCAAUCAAAUUCAUGUCGCACACAUCAAGUUAAAUAAAUUGUGUAAGUAGAGAAUUUCACAUGGAGUAAAAUCAGAGUUUAUUUCUUUAAUAUUUAGUAAGCAACAUUUGGAGGGGAUUUAAUCGCAACAGUUUGUUAAAGCUGAUGUCCAAAUUGAGAAGAUAAAUUCUCUCACCCCUCCAAUCUUUAAAUGUUACCCAAAGAACGUAAAUGUGUAUUUGCUGUGUUGUUGUAACUGUAUGCAUCUCGAAAUUUCAGCAUGCAACAGGGAGGGUGGGGAAUGACUCUUCUGUAGGACUGGCACUGCAUUAUUGGUACCACAUUUAGAGAACAUAUAGAACAUAGAACAGUACAGCACAGAACAGGCCCUUCAGCCCAUGAUGUUGUGCCGACCAUUGAUCCUCAUAUAUGCACCCUGAAAUUUCUGUGACCAUAUGCAUGUCCAGCAGUCUCUUAAAUGACCCAAAUGACCUUGCUUCCACAACUGCUGCUGGCAACGCAUUCCAUGCUCUCACAACUCUCUGUGUAAAGAACCCACCUCUGACAUCCCCUCUAUACUUUCCUCCAACCAGCUUAAAACUAUGACCCCUCGUGUUAGCCAUUUCUGCCCUGGGAAAUAGUCCCUGGCUAUCAACUCUAUCUAUGCCUCUCAUUAUCUUGUAUACCUCAAUUAGGUCCCCUCUCCUCCUCCUUUUCUCCAAUGAAAAAAGUCCGAGCUCAGUCAACCUCUCUUCAUAAGAUAAGCCCUCCAGUCCAGGCAGCAUCCUGGUAAACCUCCUCUGAACCCUCUCCAAAGCAUCCACAUCUUUUCUAUAAUAGGGCGACCAGAACUGGACGCAGUAUUCCAAGUGCGGUCUAACCAAAGUUUUAUAGAGCUGCAACAAGA